UAACGUUGCUGUGACAAAGAGCUGCUUCCGCAUUUCUCGGCCCAAACUCCUUCACCGCUAUUACUCAAUUUCCUUCUCGUCAACCUCCCAUCUCCUCACCUGAACUUCAAAAUGCCUGACGAAGCAGCAACGACUUCCCCCGGGCACCUCGACAGCCUUACAGUCGAAGAGGAGGGUAAGUUACAGGAAGCAUGGAUUCAUCUCCUCCGGCUAUGCGGCGUCGAGGAGAGCGCCAAGCUUGAGACACCGAACCAGACGCAGGAGUUCCGGGAGCACCUCAGCGACAAGUCGGCCGACGGUUUCCGGCAUCGGCUCUGGACGUUUAUACUCGCAGACCACCCGGACGUCUUGGUGCUUCGCUUCCUCCGUGCUCGGAAGUGGGACGUGGAAAAGGCGGUGGCUAUGUUGGUCUCUGCUCUCAACUGGCGCCACGAGCGGCGACUCGAAGAUGACAUUGUCAACAAGGGCGACAGCAUCGGGCUGGCUGAAACCCAAUCGGACGACGAGAAACGAUUCUUGGCCCAGUACCAGUCCGGGAAGGCCUACAUCCGCGGUUCCGACAAGGAGCAGCGCCCCGUUUUCAUCAUCAAGGUUCGCCUACACGACCCAAAACUCCAGUCGCCCGAAUCCAUGGAAGCCUUCGUGCUGCACAACAUUGAGACCAUCAGGACCAUGAUCCGGCACCCUAACGAGAAGGCCUGCCUCAUUUUCGACCUCACUGGCUUCGGCCUGAAGAAUAUGGACUUUCAUGUGGUCAAGUUUUUAGUCCAGGUUUUUGAGGCGAGAUACCCGGAAUAUUUAGGUGUGGUGCUUAUUCACAACGCACCCUUCGUUUUCUGGGGCAUCUGGAAGAUGAUCCAACCGUGGCUGGACCCAGUCAUUGCAUCCAAGAUCAACUUCACAAGCAGCAACGGAGAUCUCGCCCGCUUCAUUGCCCAAGAGAACCUCCAAAAGUGUUACGGGGGUAAAGAUAGCUGGGAGUACAACUAUGUCGGGCCAGUGAAAGGGGAGAACGCGGGAAUGGGCUUAGAGAAGAAGCAGCAGGUCGAAGCAGACCGAACCGUGCUCCUGCGCCAGUUUGAGCAACUGUCGCUCGAAUGGGUGAGGGCGAAACCCGACUCACCUGAUGCAGUGCAGAAAGUGGCGGAGAGGCGUGAGCUGGCAGAACAGUUGCGGGAGAAUUACUGGCACCUGGAUUCCUUCGUCCGGGCCAGGACCUACUAUGACCGAGUAGGUGUAAUUGGCCGUUUGGGUGAGGUGGACUACAAAGCGGCAACAUAAAUAGGUACCUGCUUUACCUGGUACCCAAGUCACAAUGAGAAGCACGACUUUUUUCCCGU